AUGACGACCUCAAAUCCCUCCGAAAUAAUCCAUGCGUACCGCCAUCUCUACCGCGGGCUCCUUCACGCCGUUCAGUAUUCCAAGCCAGCUCGAUAUCUAGCACGCGACCAGCUGAGAACCGCAUUUCGCAAGGACGAUCCGUCUACCUUCAAUAAGGCAAAAGUAUACAGAACUAUCGAGUUCCUCCAGUAUGCAGCUCAGGAACGAGGGCUUGAGCAUCGGAUUGUCAAAUCUUUGUUGCAUACAAAGUAUUGCGAGGCUAGAGAGGCUAUAGAGGCUAAUCGCUUGAUGAGACCUGCUCAGUCGCCUCUCAGAGAGAAGAUAAUAAAGACUUCGAGAAUCAAUUAUCAGAUGACGCUUGCUAUGCUUAACGAUAGUAUGGGUCUGUGCUUGCGAUGA